AUGUCUUCAAAGACCGAUGGAGAGGCUGCCGCUGCCGCUGCCUCGCGGCCAGGCCCGAGGAAGCUGAAGAUAUUGAUGUUGCACGGCUACACUCAAUCUGGCCCCUCCUUCCACGCCAAAACCCGCGCCCUAGAAAAAGCCCUCGUGAAAGCCUUUCCCCCACCUCCCCCAGCACCCCACAAAUCCCCCGCCUCCUCCCUGCGAAACUACCCAGGCGGCAUCCAGCUCAUCUACCCCACGGGUCCGAUCCGCCUGCACCCAGCCGAUAUCCCUGGCUCCGACCCCUCCGUCCUCCAGUCUUCUACCACCAGCACCAUAUCCACCGCCAAUGGACAGUCAGACGGCAGGGGGGAGGAGGACGAAGACGGGCCCGACGCCUGGGGCUGGUGGAAGAAAGCCGACGCGCCGGACGAGACAUACGUCGGUCUCGAGCGUGGCCUCGAAGUCGUGCGGGAGACCAUCUUAGCUGCGGGCGGCGUCGACGGCGUGAUCGGAUUCUCGCAGGGAGGCGCAUUCGCCGGCCUCGUUGCCUCCCUGUUGGAACCCGCGCGAUCUUCAUCCUUCCCUUCUCCCUCUCCCCUUCCCACCUCGACCACCACCCCGCCCUUCGCGUAUCCCGCCGCCUGGACCGCGCUGAACCACCCUCCGCUCAAGUUCGCCGUCAGCUACUCCGGCUUCUACGCCCAGGCCGAGCAGUACCGGGGUUUCUACGAGCCCAAGAUCGCGACGCGCUUCUUGCAUGUCAUUGGGAGCUUGGACUCGGUCGUCGAGGAGGCGCGGAGCGAGGGCUUCGUCGAGAGGUGCGCUGAUGCUUUGAGGGUGGUGCAUCCUGGGGGCCACUUUGUGCCCGUGGGUAAGGAGUGGGUGGGCGUGCUGGUGGGGUUUUUGAGGGAUGUGCUUGCGAGGGACGAGCAGGAGGAUGAUGGGGAUGCGUGUGGGGAAAAGGGAGGGGUGGAGGAUAUGGACGUGCCGUUUUAG